AUGAUCAGUAUAUCACGCGAGAAGUGCAUGUCAGCGGCACAAGAUGCUCUCACUAGGUUGAAAAUCCUCGGUGAGAUCAGCAGCAUGGCCGAAGAAGGGGCUCAGGCUCUAGCUCAGCUGUUUGAAAGGGCAACAGCGUCAUCAGUUGCGGCUCCAGCAGCUGAUGAUGGAAUCUGGAGCACCAUAAAUUUCCCAGAAUUCUCGGCUCUUAGAGGCAUUCCCGAUUUCGUUCCACUGACAGGUACUGAUAUGAAUUAUCCCAAUUGGAGAUCCCUAGAUACUGGCCUAGACCUUGAUAUCAAUCAUUGA